CGGAUAUGCUCAACUUCUGCUUCAACUUCUGUUCCUGUACUCAACUUCUCAGAGAUAUCAACAUUGAAACUAAAUGUCUCAUUAAUUUGACAAAGCUACAUUUUUUGAUAUAUGUAUAAAGUGUCAAUUAAAAAGAAUAAAAUUGAUAUAUACGUCACAUGAUGCUACCUCAACUUACCAGCAGUUUAAUUUUACUACUAAUUUCUUCCCCAAAUUGGAACGUGCAAUCAAAAAAUGUUCCGGUCGACUGGUCCACGCUAAUAGUUGGAGGUGUUGAAGCGGAGAAAGGGGAAUUUCCGUUCAUGGUUGGAAUUCGAAAAGCAAGUCACCACUGCGGAGGGUCGAUUAUAAAUUCAGAAUGGAUUGUUUCUGCUGCACAUUGUUUAACUGGGGACGAGUCCGUCUACACGGUUGUUGCUGGGGAUCAUAUCAACAAUGAGUUUGAAGGAACCGAGCAAAAUAGGACCGUGACUAGAAUUGUCAUUCAUCCUGAUUAUGAUCUACUGACUCACGAAAGUGACAUUGCACUCGUGAAAAUUUCACCUCCGUUUGUGUUUAACGCGAAUGUUAGACCAAUUUCCUUAGCUCCGAACGGAUUUAUUCCACCAUCGAGAGAAGUAGUGGUUGGAUGGGGUCGGUUGGCCGAGGGGGGCAAUUAUGCAAAUGUUUUGAUGAAAGUUGAGGUGCCUUUCGUGUCAGAUGAGGAUUGUAAAACUGCGUAUGGUGCUGACAGGAUUACGGAGUCCAUGACUUGCGCAGGAGAAGAAGGCAAAGACGCGUGCCAGGCGGACUCAGGCGGUCCUCUAUUGUGCAAGGUCAGAAACAGGCAAAUAUUAUGCGGGGUUGUUUCUUGGGGCACUGGGUGCGCAAGACCAGAUAAGCCUGGAAUUUAUGCGAAAGUUUCGUAUUUCGAAUCGUGGAUCUCUUCAGUGUUGAAAUAAGCAAAUGUUUCUGGCACUUAAAUCAUUAUUUAAUAUUUUUUUAUUUUUAUAUUUUGUUAAAAGACCUCUUGAUACCAGUAAACGUAAUGAUAUCUUGAUUAUGGAGUAAUAUGAAAUAUAGUUGCUAAUAAAGAAUAAAUUUGUGAGAAAUGAUAAA